GUCUCCCGUUCGGGCAACAAGUCCCUGCACAUUUCCAUGGUUUCCGAGUCAUCGCCACCUCCGGUCGUGAUGUCAAGCUGCUGACGAGUCGGCUAUGAUCUUAUAGGCUGUUCUCUAUUCCAUCGUCAUCUUUAUAUUCUUUUCCCUCCUCUAUUCUCGGUCGUUUGUUCUAUAUCCAUCCCUGUAUCCAUCCCUCCAUCCCUCUGUAUAUACCUGUAUACCUGCAUUCUUUCUCUGAAAACAUCGGCCGCUUUGGGAAAUCUCCGGCCUAUGCUUCCUGUUCCCGUCGAGUGGCCCUCGUUUCAGGUCCUUCCACUGGGCUUAUAGAUUGGGCAGCUUUUCCCUCUUUUCUGCUCUUCUACCCGCCCCUCUACUAAGUCUACCACCACUGUAGACAAAAUGCCGCCACGAACAUCUUGGUGGGAGAAAACAAAAGGAAACUCCAAAAAAGGCUUCGACAAGACAUGGUCCGCCCUCGAUAAACUCGGCGAUCCCGUCAAUCGCCUAUCCUACCGUUUGGGUGCAGAAGCGUUCUGGCCCAUGUCGCUCGAUAAAGAGUGCGACAAGGCCGCUCGCAUUCUACGUUCCUUCUGUAAGGAUGGUUUCUACGCCGAAGAUGAGACCCCCGAUACGACUUUCGACGGCAAAAUCGACAAGCCCAAGGGCAAGCAGCGUGUGAUGCAGAAGAUCCCGACCACGGUUAUUCAGCGUGCCCAGGGUCUGGCCAUCUUUACGACCAUGCGUUCUGGGCUUUGGAUGAGCGGUUCCGGUGGCGCCGGAGUGCUUCUCGGCCGUAUUCCCGAAACUGGUGAAUGGAGCCCGCCGUCGGGUAUCAUGCUGCAUACAGCUGGCGUCGGGUUUCUGGCUGGCGUCGACAUUUACGAUUGUGUCGUGGUUAUCAAUACCCCCGAAGCCCUGGAGGCGUUCAAGACCUUCCGGUGCACCCUGGGCGGCGAAAUUAGUGCUUCUGCUGGUCCCGUAGGUGUGGGUGGUAUACUCGAGUCCGAGGUGCACAAGCGACAGACACCCGUCUACAACUACAUGAAGAGUCGGGGGUUCUAUGCUGGUGUACAAGUCGACGGGACAGUCAUCAUCGAGCGAACGGAUGAAAAUGAGCGCUUUUACGGCGAACGGCUCUCGGUUACCGAGAUCCUUGCCGGGAAGGUCCGCCAUCCGCCCUGGGAAAUCAACGGCCUCAUAAAGACGAUUCAGGCGGCGCAGGGCGAUAUAAUCGACGAGAGCGUGGUGCCGGGAGGUGAGACACCAGGUGAUGCGGUUCUACAGCCCGGCGGCGUGUUUGGCGUCCCUGCCGUCGACGACCCAGAUCCUUUUGGUGUCAGAGCCUUGGAGGCAGAAGGCAUGUUUAUCCGCGAGGCCGGCACCAAGAGCCGACCUAGCCAAGAGGUCUUUGAGUUCAAGCCGAACCCGAACAGUCCAGUCUACGCGACCUUUGCUGCAGCGACCCGUAGCAGUCUAGAAAGUUCGCCCCGGAAUAGCUGGCGUGCCAGUGUACAGAGCCAUACUAGUGUCGACCGUGGUGUCCAGACUGAUGACCUCCCCACUGCCCCGACAUCCAUCAGUCGCGCUUCCUCGCGAAGUCGCUUUGCGCCGAGCGACAAGGAUGCCACCAUCCCCGAGAAUCGUCAGCUCACGAUCUCGACGGACUACGAGAACGACCGCGCGUCUGUCAUCGAGGACGACCUGGAGAUCCACGAAGUCAGCAGUGCUACCGUCUCCAAGCGAGGCAGCGCGAUGGAAGACUACUUCAACCAACCGCCAUCUGCCUCUCCCACCGGAUCUCGUCGCCAUUCGCCUACCUUCACCCGUGCCCGUCUGGUCACUAUUCCCAAGCGCAUCCCUCCCCCUCUUCCUCCCCGUCAUCCCCAGCGGUCCACCUCUUCCUCCACCCCAGUGUCGCCGGUGUCGCCAAUUACAGACGACAACCGGUCCGUGGCAUCGGCCGGUCUGCUGAACGGGUUCUCUGAGCUGCCUCUCCACUACAUGUCCAGCAACUCCUCGAGCAUCUCCCAGACGCUCCAGGAGAAGGAUGAGUUCCACUCGAUCUCUAGCGAGUCGUCGAAUCGCGAUCGCGAGUCUGACAGCCAGUCGCACGAGUCGAAUACUACCAACGACUUCCAUGAGGAGCCUCAUGCUCUCACUCACGACUCGAAGAUUGAGCUGUCUUACAACAAUGUUGUGCAUGCGCAGACUACAUAGUUUUUUUUUUUUUUUUUUUUUCUUUGAUUUUGAUUGUUCUAUGAUUCCCU